AGUCUUUCACAAAGGGGCAGCUCCCAAAGAUCCCCCUGAACAAAACAACAAAAUUGAGUUUUUUUCUUGCAGUCAUCUUGCUCUCCGUCUACACCAAAACCCCUUUUGAAUCUACUGAGAGUUGCGACUCUUUUUCACCAAAAAGAUUGAAUCUUGACAAGAACAAGUGUGUGUUUCUUGAAAAUGUCUCUCACAAGUGUAAAGAUGUCAGAGGAUGUUUGGUUAACUUGUGUCACUCAUGCAUUGUCUACUGAGUCUGAAGAGAUCAUGGGUCUUCUUCUUGGUGAUGUUCAGCAUUCCAAAAAUGGGAGCGUGACUGCUCUGAUUUGGGGAGCACUACCACAACCUCGUUCUGAUCGGCGUAAGGAUCGAGUAGAGACCAACCCUGAGCAGUUGACCGCUGCAUCAGUUCAAGCUGAGAGAAUGAGUACAGAAACUGGAAGAACAACAAGAGUUAUUGGCUGGUACCAUUCACAUCCUCAUAUUACAGUUCUUCCUUCUCAUGUAGAUGUGCGGACCCAGGCCAUGUAUCAACUUCUAGAUACAGGUUUUAUUGGAUUGAUAUUUUCCUGUUUUAAUGAAGAUGUGCACAAGGUCGGAAGAAUCCAGGUCAUAGCAUUCCAGUCACAGGACGGGAAGCAAAAUUUCAUGCCAGGGCCUGCUUCUCUGACCCCUGUAAUUGAUAUAGGAUUUUCUCCGAGCUCCUCUGAAAACCUGUCAUCAAGAUCUGGCUCUCCUUGGGUUGAUAGUUUAGAACACGAUACUGGUGAUUCACGAGCUACUGCUGCGGCUUUAAAGGUUGGUGGGAGAUCAUCCGAUUUGGGAGGUUUCUUUGCUAAUGCUGACACCAACUUUCUUGGGGGAGAUAGAACAGGAGGAAGCAGCCAUAUUGACAAAGAGAAAGCCAUUGACUUAGACCCCAUGGAUAUGUCGGAAAGCAUGCAAGAAGCUAUGCAUCGUUCAAAUUUGGAGAUGAGCGGUGCGGAAUUUGUCAGGAAGGAAAUACCUCUUAAUGUUCUGCCAACCUUGUCUAUUCUCAAUCUUGAUUCUCCACUGAGAUCAUUUACAGAUUUGCAAGCUAUGCUUUACGAAGAGGAGCGGACUGCAUACACCCAGGGCGUUCUGCAGAAUUUGAGGAACGGGAAAGUACAUCCUCUCACUUUUGUUCAUCACACAUCAUCAUAUCAGGCUUCCAUGUGCAAAUUAAUGGAAUAUUGUUUAAGUCCCUCCAUAAUUGCUCUUCAGGAUCGGUUGAGAGAUAAUGACAUCCGGUUAGCAAUGCUGGCUGAAGAAGCGAAGCAGUUGGAAGCUGAAGUAAUCAAAGGUACUGAUUCAAGUUCAGUUUCACCGCGUAAUGUUGGACACAGAGGAAGUGGUUCCUUUAGUCGCAGGGACGUCUAUAGUCCUUCUGAGCCUGUUAUUGUGAGAAACGUUUCUGGUUCUGGGAGUCGUAGCAAAAGAAGUUCAUCCUGAAAAUUAAUGUUUAUCAGAUGCUAUGGGUUGAUGUCAGUUCUGGCUUGUUGUCCCUUUGUACCAGCAUGAUGGAUCUAGCAUGCUGGAUCUUUUGACUUAUACAAUAUGUGAAUGUUUGUUUUGGGCUCAUUUGGUAUGAGUUAAUAUGUAGGUAGUGCCUGGCAGUUAAGUUAUUGCCUUGCUUUUGUAAAUUGAUUGGGGGGUAAAAAUAUUCAGAUUCAAGUUGCAGCUGUGAUUUGGAUCUUGAUAUGGCGAUAUACCAUUAUGCAAUGAGAAUUUUGUUCUGCUA